AUGAGCACCAGCAAAAGGUACAGCACCAGCACAAGCAUCAGCACAAGCACCAGCUCCCGCCUAAGUACCAGGACAGGGACAAGCGCCAGCAUCAGCAAAAGCGCCGGCACCAGCCCAGGCUCCAGCACUAAUUCAGGCACCAGCACAGGCACCAGCACAAGCACUAGGACCAAUAACACCUCCACCUCCAGCACCAGCACAGGCACCAGCACCAGCACCAGCACCAGCAUUAGCACCAGCACAAGCUUCAUCACCAGCACAAGCACUUGCACUAGUAUAAGAUCUGGCAGUGGCCUGAGCUCCAGCACAAACACAGAUACGAGCACCAGCACCAGCACAAGCUUCAUCACCAGCACAAGCACUUGCACUAGUACAAGAUAUGGCAGUGGCCUAAGCUCCAGCACAAACACAGAUACGAGCACCAGCACAAGCACAAGCACAAGCACCGGCACAAGCACAGGCACCAGUUCCAGCACCAGCACCAGCACCAGCACCAGCACCAGCACAAGCACCAGCACUAGCACUAGCACAUGCACAAGCACAAGCACAAGCACAAGCACAAGCACAAGCACCAGCACAAGCACAAGCACCAGCACAAGCACCGGUACCAGCACAAGCACUUGUACAAGCACAAGCACCUGCACUAAAACCAGCACCAGCACCAGCACCAGCACUAGUACAAGCACCAUAACGAGCGCCGCUAACAGCCCAGGAACCAGCCUAAGCACCAGGAGAAGCACAAGCGCUAGUACUAAUACCAAUACCAGCACCAGAUCAAUAACUAGUACAGGAACCAGCGCAAGCACCGACACCUGCCCAGGACCCAGCUCAAGCACCAGCCCAGCACAAGCACUGGAUCCAGUACAAGUUCCAGCACUAAAACCAGCACCACCACCAGCAACAUCACCAGCACCAGCACCAGUACAGGCAAAAACGCCAGCAGCAGCACCAACACAAGCAACAGUACAAGCACCAGCAUCAGACCCAGCAACAGCACUAGCACCUGAACCAGAACCAGAACUCAGGACAAGCUCCAGCACUAGUACAGGCACCAGUACAGGCUCCAGCACCAGCACCAGCUCCAGUACUAGUACAGGCACCAGCAAAAGCGCCGGCACCAACCCAAUCUCCAGCACUAAUACAGGCAUCAGCACAAGCGCCAGUACCGGCCCAGACACCAGAACAAGAACCAGCACCGGUACCAGCACAAGCACUUGUACAAGCACAAGCACCUGCACUAGAAGCAGCACCAGCACCAGCAACAGCAGCAGCACCAGCACCAGCACCAGCACUAGUACAAGCACCAUAAAGAGUGCCGAUAACAGCCCAGGAACCAGCACAAGAACCGUUUCGAGCACAAGCACCAGAAAAAGCACCAGCAUCAGCACCAGCACAAGCACGAGCUUAAGCAUCAGCAAAAGCAACGGCACCAACACCAGCACCAGCACCAGCACCAGCACUAGCACAAGCACAAGCACAAGCACAAGCACAAGCACAAGCACAAGCACAAGCACCAGCAGAAGCACCAGCACUGGCACCGGUACCAGCACAAGCACUUGUACAAGCACAAGCACAAGCACCUGCACUAGAACCAGCACCAGCACCAGCACCAGCACCAGCACUAGUACAAGCACCAUAACGAGCGCCGCUAACAGCCCAGGAACCAGCACAAGAACCGUUUCGAGCACUAGCACAAGCACCAGAAAAAGCACCAGCACAAGCAUCAGCACCAGCACCAGCACCAGCCUAAGCACCAGAAGAGGCACAAACGCUAGUACUAAUACCAACACCAGCACCAGCACCAGAUCAAUAACUAGUACAGGAACCAGCACCAGCACCAGCACCAGCACCAGCACUAGUACAAGCACCAUAACGAGCGCCGCUAACAACCCAGGAGCCAGCACAAGAACCGUUUCGAGCACUAGCACAAGCACCAGAAAAAGCACCAGCACCACCACCAGCAACAUCACCAGCACCAGCACCAGUACAGGGAAAAACGCCAGCAGCAGCACCAACACAAGCAACAGUACAAGCACCAGCAUCACACCAAGCAACAGCACUAGCACCUCUCCAGCACAGGCACCAACACCAGCACAAGCACCAGUUUUAGAACCAGCAACAGCACCAGCAGCAACACAAGAACCAGCACAAGCACUAGCACCAACACCAGCACAAGCACAAGCACCAGCUCCAGCACCAGCACCAACACCAGCACCAGUACCAGCAUCAACACCAGCACCAGCAUCAGCACCAGCACUAGCACUAGCACCAGCACAAGCACUUGCACUAGAACUAGAGCAGGCACUAGCUCAAGCUCUAGCACAAACACAUUUACGAGCACCAGCACCAGCACCAGCACCAGCACCAGCUCCAGCACCAGCUCCAGCUCCAGCUCCAGCUCCAGCACUAGUAAAGGCACCAGUAAAAGCACCAGUAUCAGCACCAGCAAAAACACCAGCACAAGCACCACAUCAGAACCAGAACCGCCAACGUCACAAGCACCAUAAUAGCAAAAACACAAGCACCAGCACCAGCACCAGCACUAGUACAGACACCAACACCAGCACCAGCACCAGCACCAGCUUCAGCACAAGUACAGACAACAGCACAAGCACUGGCACAAACCCAAGCUCCAGCACAAGCACCGGUACGAGCACCAGCACAAGAACAAGUACAAACACCAGUACCAACACCAGCUCCAGCACCGAUACAAGCACCAGCACAAGCACAAGUACCAGCUCCAGUACCAGCAACGGUUCCAGCACUAGGACAGGCACCAGCACAAGCACUGGCACCGGCUCAAGCUCCAGCACAAGCAUCGGUAAAAGUACAAGCAAAAGCGCCAGCACCAGCACCAGCACCAGCACCAGCACCAGCUCCAGCACCCGUACAAGCACCAGCACUAGCACCAACACCACCACCAACACCAGCACCAGCCUAAGCAGCAGCACCAGCACUAACAUCAGCACCAGCACAGGAAUCAGCACCACCACCAGCACCAGCUCCAGCAACUGCACUGGUACAAGCACCAUACAAGCACCAGCACCAGCUCCAGUACUAGUACAGACAACAGCACUGGCAACAGUACCAGCACCAACAACACCACCAUCUACAGCGUAA